AUGAAAGAUGAUUUGAAGACAGAAAUAAGUAGAAAUGUGGCCAACAAGAUGAGGCAUUAUGCUAAGGAGUUGCUGUUUGGAACCCUAGAAGAGCAGUUUGGACUUUUGAGAAGAUAUGCCGUGGAGAUACUUCGGACGAAUCCGGGAUCAACAGUGAUGAUAGCUUUGUAUGAGCAAGUUUUCAAAGGUAUCUACAUUUGCUUCAAUGCCUGCAAGGCCGGUUUUAGAAUUGGAUGCAGGAAAGUGAUAGGUGUUGAUGGCUGCCAUUUGCGAGGUUUUUUUGGGGGAAUUAUGUUAACAGCAAAGGAGAAUACUGAUACUUGGAGAUGGUUCUUGAAGUAUCUCCAGGAGGACAUUGAAAUUGGCAAUGGGAGGGGUUGGACAUUGAUGACUGAUAGACAAAAGGGUCUUCAAAAUGUAUGCGAGGAGUUAUUUCUAGAGGCAGAACAUCGCUUCAAUGUACGACAUAUGUACACAAACUUCUUCAGCGCCAGAUAUAAGAGCAAAACAUUAAAGGAUUUUCUUUGGCGUGCCGCAAAAGCAACAACUGUGGCUGAAUUUAGAUAUUGGAUGCAAAAAAUUCGUGAUGUAAGUGAAGAAGCUUAUGGAUGGCUGAUAAAAAGACACCCUCAGGAGACAAAGACGAGAGAAGAUGAGAUGACGCGAAGAUGGCAAGUUGAUUGUAGUCGUGAGACAUACGUAGUUGAUCUUGAAGAAUGGACUUGUGCAUGCCGAAAAUGGGAGCUUGCGGGUAUACCAUGCAUGCAUGCUAUAGCAGUGAUACGGGACUGCAGAAAUGAACCAGAGGAUUUUGUAGACAACUGUUACAUGGUCGAGACGUACAUGAACAUCUAUAAUAACAUCAUGAACCCAAUCAACGAUAAAAUGUUGUGGCCUGAGGUCGAUGCCCCUACAAUAAUCCAUCCUAAGUGGAAUGUGCCUCAACGGGGAAAGAAACAGAAAAAGUGA